UUCUGGUGUGAGCGAUUUGGGGCUGUUCAAGGGUCCCUCUUGGGGCGCGUCUCCAUAUCUUUAGAUCCUAACAUCCUCUUCAAUUCCUGCCAGAAUGCUGUGGCAGGCACUUCGCAGAUUUGGUCGAAGGCUGGUACGCAGACGCACACUGGAGUCAGGCUUGGCUGAGACUCGCCUUGCCAGAUGCCUGAGCACUCUGGAUUUGGUUGCCUUGGGUGUGGGCAGCACAUUGGGUGCAGGCGUGUAUGUUUUGGCUGGUGAGGUUGCCAAAGAUAAAGCAGGACCAUCCAUUGUGAUUUGCUUUUUGGUGGCUGCCCUAUCUUCUGUGUUGGCUGGACUGUGCUAUGCAGAGUUUGGUGCCCGGGUUCCCCGCUCUGGUUCUGCGUAUCUCUACAGUUAUGUCACUGUGGGUGAACUCUGGGCCUUUACCACUGGCUGGAACCUCAUCCUUUCCUACGUCAUAGGUACAGCCAGUGUGGCCAAGGCCUGGAGCUCAGCUUUUGACAAUCUGAUUGGCAACCACAUAUCUCGGGCCCUGCAGGGGAGCAUCUCACUUAAUGCACCCCAAGUCCUUGCAAAAUAUCCAGACUUCUUUGCCCUGGGCCUUGUGUUGCUGCUCACUGGAUUGCUUGCUCUGGGGGCUAGUGAGUCGGCCCUUGUUACCAAAGUUUUCACAGUGGUGAAUCUUUUGGUUCUUGGUUUCAUCAUUAUCUCUGGCAUCAUCAAAGGAGACUUGAACAACUGGACGCUCACAGAAGAGGACUAUGAAGUGGCUAAGGAUGGACUCAAUGACACUGAUAGCUUGGGACCUCUGGGCUCUGGAGGAUUUCUACCUUUUGGCUUCGAGGGGCUUCUCCGGGGAACAGCAACCUGUUUCUAUGCAUUUGUUGGUUUCGACUGUAUUGCUACUACCGGGGAAGAGGCCCAGAAUCCUCAGCGUUCCAUCCCCAUGGGCAUUGUGAUCUCACUGUCAGUCUGCUUUUUCGCAUACUUUGGUGUCUCAUCAGCACUCACGCUCAUGAUGCCAUACUACCUGCUUCAACCGGAGAGCCCCCUGCCUGCAGCAUUUCUCCAUGUUGGAUGGUCCUCUGCCCGCUACAUUGUGGCUAUUGGCUCGCUUUGUGCACUUUCUACUAGUCUCUUGGGCUCCAUGUUCCCUAUGCCUCGAGUGAUCUAUGCAAUGGCAGAAGAUGGCCUCCUGUUUAGUGUCCUUGCCCGGAUCCACACUGGUACACACACCCCCAUUGUGGCCACUAUUGUCUCUGGCAUUCUCUCAGCACUCAUGGCAUUCCUCUUUGAACUAACUGAUCUUGUGGACCUGAUGUCAAUUGGGACCCUGCUUGCUUACACUUUGGUGGCUAUUUGUGUUCUUAUCCUCAGAUAUCAGCCUGACCAGGAGAUGAAGAAUGGAGAAGAUGAUACAGAGUCACAGGAUGAGAACCUACGUGAAGCAGAGAAGCUGACCCUGGAGGCACUAUUUUGCCCACUCAACUCCACUCCUACUCCACUCUCUGGCCAAGUUGUCUAUGUUUGUUCCUCACUGCUUGCUCUAGUGCUGACUAUGCUUGGCCUUGUGCUGGCGCAGUGGUCAGCUCCACUGCUUUCUGGAGACCCAAUAUGGAUUGUAGUGAUUGUGCUGCUUCUGAUGCUCAUUACUGGGUUCACUGGAGUCAUCUACAGACAGUCACAGAACUCUACUCCCCUGCACUUUAAGGUACCUGCCUUGCCUUUCCUCCCAGUCGUGAGCAUGUUUGUGAAUAUUUACCUUAUGAUGCAGAUGACAACUGGUACCUGGGCCCGAUUUGCGAUCUGGAUGCUGAUUGGUUAUGCUAUCUACUUUGGCUAUGGGAUGCAGCACAGCCUUGAAGAGGGCAAGAGUGACCAACCCCCUCUCAAGCUAAGGUCCCGAACAAUAGACCUUGAUCUCAACAGUCUCUGAACACACUUAAUUUGACAUCACUA